AUGUUGCGAGGGAGAGACUCCGACGACCUCAGGUUAGUAAGUCUUCAACAACACGAGGAGAGCGAGACUAACACCCACCAAGACCAGAACUCGGAGCCCGUACACUACGCCCCGGCUGGGUCCAUCUGCGAGGUCCGUAACCUCUACGAGACGAAGCCGGACAAAAAGGGUCGCACAACGUGGACGAAGGAGUACCCUGACGACCUCACCGUCCCGGCCGAGAAUACAGAAUCUGGUCAGUACGCACUCCUGGUGCGGAAUAUCAAGUGCUAUGACGGCCGUAAACCCCUCCAAAUUCACUCCAUUGUCGUUCAGAAUGACCUGCUCAAGAAAUUCCUGGAGAAAGUCUUCAAGGGUUACCCUGGCCUGACCAUGACGCUGAAACGGGUGGAGUUCCAGACGCCCUUCAUGCCAUUUGUCCACCGGUGGGAGGAAUUCUCGAAGGCACGGGAUGAAGUCGAAGACUUGGCGACAAAGUCUGUGGUCGACCUUCUCUACCGAAUUCUGGAGGAAGAGCUUCGUGAGACCAUUACCCGCAAGAAGGACCUCGUCCUCCAUGGUGUGGUCACUCACGAUUUACUUUGGGCAAUCUUUGAACCGGGAGUCCAUGUUUAUUCUGUCUGUGACGACCACGAGCGUGUCUUCCAGUUGAUGUCGAGCUCGAUGGAUUGUAAUGGGCUAUUCGUUCUGUCCUCCAAGUACGUUGACUAUGACGGGAAUGGCUUUGGAUAUAGAAAGGAAGGCCAAUGCAUCCGCCCGUUCCAAGGGACACUGCCAAUUGCUGCCCUACCUGUCUUCCCCCUGAAAUUUCACCCGAAUGCAGACGGCGUGCGGGAGAAUCUCACUGUCCGGGGGAAGGCGUGGGAGGAAUACAGCGGAUAUCACUACAAGCAGUACGAAGGACCGGGGUUCACCAAGUUCAUGGGACGAGACAUCCAGCUCAACGUCAAGAGUCGGAUCAUUAUUGACGGCGAGGCGUACAAUACCUUCAACCCCAACGACUCGAUCAGAGUUGAUGGCUGCAUCAAAACACUCAAAGAUGGGAACCGGCUUCUGGCGACUCCCAUGCUGCGUGGGUACUCACUGAAGGAUAAAAAGUGGCUCGAAUUCUAUCUCGAAGGGGUAAGGGAUAUUGUCUGGGACUCACAGGCCUUCGACUCGUUGGUCCUUCCGGCAGAGCAGCAGCGGCUGAAAGGUCUGAUUCUGGCUAUCGCAAAGGCUCAGUCGAAGCAGAUGGAUACCUUUGACGACGUAGUGCAGGGCAAGGGUCGGGGUGUCAUUCUCCAGCUGAGUGGUCCUCCUGGAGUAGGAAAGACGCUCACGGCCGAGAGUGUGGCCGAGGUCAUGCGGGUUCCUCUGUACGUCUUGAGUGCGGGCGACCUCGGCACAUCCGCUGGGAAUGUCGAGAAGGCAUUGAAAGAUAUCCUUCGCAUGGUCCCUAAGUGGGGCGCGGUCCUUCUGCUGGACGAGGCGGAUGUGUUUAUGGAGGCGCGCAAUUCGACGGAUCUGGAGCGAAAUGAGUUGGUUUCGAUCUUUUUGCGACUGUUGGAAUAUUAUGAGGGUAUUUUGUUCCUCACGACCAAUCGUGCGGAAAGCAUCGAUCCGGCUUUUGAGUCGCGUAUCCAUGUGUCGGUUCGGUACCCUGACCUCGACGUCAAUUCACGGCGCCAGAUCUGGGCACAAUUCCUGGGCGGGAAUGGGAGAUUCUCAUCGGAGCAGCUGGACUAUCUUGCCCAGGUGAAGCUCAACGGCCGGCAGAUCAAGAACGUGCUGAAGACGGCGCAUCUUCUGGCGCGCGAGCAGGACCAAGACAUCGGGUAUGAUCAUGUUCGGACGGUUCUGGACCUGCGAGCACCAAGUGCUGCGAACCUGAUGGAUGUGACCAAUUGA